UUAUAAUCAAUACAGCUAUUAAAAAAAUAUUUCCACAUGAUUUCGAACUAAAAUCUUAGUAUUGCUCUAAUACAUAUGUAAUUUUAAUUACAUUGUCAAUUCAUUCAUUAAGAUCAUAUAUUUUCCAAUUUUCUCUUUAAAAUAAUUUCAUUCAUCAGCAAAUAAUCGAGGAUCACUCGUCGCCGCCUGAAUACCAAAGCGUAGCCCUGGUGGUCGGAGUUACUGGCAUCGUCGGCAACAGUCUCGCCGACAUCCUUCCACUCUCCGACACUCCCGGCGGGCCCUGGAAGGUUUACGGCGUCGCCCGCCGCCCCCGACCCACCUGGAACGGCGACCACCCAAUCCACUACAUUCAAUGCGACGUCACUGACCCCAACGAGACCCACGACAAGCUCUCCAACCUUACCGACAUAACCCACAUCUUCUACGUCACCUGGAGCAGCAGACCCACCGAGAUCGAGAAUUGUGACGUUAACGGCCGAAUGCUGAAGAACGUUUUGGACGCGGUUAUCCCACACGCGCCCAAUCUUCAACACGUGUGCUUGCAGACUGGCCGGAAGCACUACGCCGGGCCGUUCAAGCUCUGGGGAAAGAUCAGUCCGAUCAACGAAUCUCCGUUCCACGAGGGACUCCCGAGGCUCAAACUGCUCAAUUUCUACUACACCUUGGAAGAUACUUUAAUGGCGGAAGUGAAGAGAAAAGAGGGUUUGACAUGGUCGGUUCACAGACCCGGCCCGAUAUUCGGAUUCUCUCCGUACAGUUUGAUCAACGUUAUCAACGGUCUCUGCGUCUACGCCGUUAUCUGUAAGCACGAGGGAAAGCCGUUAAAAUUUCCGGGUAAUCGGGUCGGGUGGGAGAGUUAUUGGAGCGCCUCAGAUGCGGAGUUAAUCGCGGAGCAAGAAAUAUGGGCCGCGGUGGAUCCGAGUGUUAAGAACGAAGCGUUUAAUUGUAGCAACGGCGACGUUUUGAGAUGGAAACAUUUGUGGAAGGUUUUGGGUGAGAAAUUUGAGGUUGAAUGUGAGGAGUUUGAAGAAGGAGACGACGACGUUUUGAUACCGAGAUUAGAAGAGAGAAUGAAAGAUAAAGGGGAAGUUUGGGAUGCGAUAGUGAGAAAGAAUGGUUUGGUGGAAACUAAAUUGGAAGAAAUUGGGUGUUGGUGGCUUGUGGAUAUUCAAGUGAGGUUUGAGUCUUGUUUGGACAGUAUGAAUAAGAGCAAAGAGUAUGGAUUUUUGGGGUUUAGAGAUUCUACAAAGACUUUUGUUUCUUGGAUUGAUAAGAUGAAAGCUUAUAACUAUGUUCCUUGAUUUUGGGGUUAUAAUUUUAAUUGAGGUUUUGGUUGUUGUAUCAAUUGUAGUGGUUGGUCUUUUGUGUUUACAAACUUUUCAAGUGUAAAAUUCUCACGUUGGUGUGAGACAAAGAAAUAAAACGCCUACCUUCUUUCUCUUAUUAAUAUUAAGAGAUCUUUCUGUUGCU